GGCAAAAUGCGUGUAAAAAUGUGUCAAGUGGAAUUUUAAAUAUAAAAAUCAAAUGAAAACAUCAGGUUAAUAUUAAGCUGACAUAACUUUGUUGAAUAUAAAUUUUAAUUAAGAUGCUUACUAAUAGGAUGUUGUCGUUACAAACAAUUUCCAGGAGUAUCACUCCUUAUUCAGGAGCAGCAAGACAUCAGUUACACACUUCCAUUAAAUUUCUCUCAGCAUCUACGUCAGAUUCUUCUGACUCCUCUGGUUCUGAUUCCGAUAAAGAGUCGAAAAAAUCAAAACCCAAAAAAGAAUCUGUUGAAGAUUUAAAAAAACAAAACCGCAGAGACGGUCUUAAUACUUUAAACACACUUAUUACUGAGUUGAGUAAAAAAACAGCUUCCUCAAAAAUCGACGUUGCCAUCCCUAAAAAAAAACCAAGACCUCCGCCAGAAAAAGAUCCUCAAGCUACAGAAGAGUCACGAUUUGAAGCGAAACUUACAAGCGCAGCUAAAACUUUGGCAGAGAAAAUCGGCGGAGAUGUUAAGAAAACAGAAAUAGAUUUAUUAGAUAGGUUACUUAAAAAGAAAGUCACGAGCGAUGUCGAUGGAAAACCUGAGGCCGAAGCUGCGCCUGAAUCUUCUUUAGAUCAAAGUGAUAUUUUGAAGGGAUUUAAAAUUGUUCGUAAUCGAGGAUAUGAUCGCGAGGCCGAUAUUCAGAAUAGAAGAGUAGAUCGCAUUCGUCAAACAAAUCGAAAAGUUGACAAUUUUCAAGUACAGGUCAAGGACGAAAGAUCGACGUUGCGUGAUUUACUUCAGCAGCAAAAAAGAGCUGAAUUUUCCAGAAAUGAAAAUCAGCCAUCUUAUGACGAAAAAUCGGUCAUGGUUGGACGACAAGCAUCAAGAACGAUACGACGUGAACUGCAAAAUGAAAAAACGCGCGCUGAAUUUUCCAGCCAAGAUAUCCAACCAUCUGCAGAUGAAGGAUUCAGCGAGGCUGAACGUCAAGCCUCCAGAUCUGUCCUUCGGGAACUGUAUGAAAGUAAAAAGUCAGCCGAAUUUUCCCAAAAAGAAUCUAAACUAGAUGAUGAAAAAUCGAGGAAUUUCGACGGACAAACGUCUAGAUCUAGAUUUUCUCAAAGGGAAUUCAAGUCACCUCAGGACGAAUCAAUUAGUUCUGAACGACCCAAAUCCUCGAAAUCGACACUUUGGGAACUAUAUCGCAAGCAACAAAGGGGUCAAGGACCGGAUGGUUAUUCCGACAGCAGGUCCUAUACUUUCAGAUUCCAUGGCAGAAGUUAUGGAAUUUUCGAAGCUGAACAAAGUGCUGAUCCAAAGGUUGCUGAUUUAUCUACAUGGGCCGAGUUAGAAAAUAAGGAGUUAAAAUCUCUUCUUUUCCAUCCACCUCAAAAUUAUUUCCAAGAAAUGAUUCAGUGGACCGAACAGGGAAAAGUUUGGUGCUUCCCAAUUGAUAAUGAGCAAGGAAUGGAAGAAGAGCAGAAUGUUCACUUUUCUGAGCAUGUAUUUCUGGAGCGUCACUUGAAAGGCUGGUGUCCAAAAAAAGGACCCAUAAGGCACUUUAUGGAGUUGGUGUGUGUAGGUCUUUCUAAAAAUCCGUAUAUGACCGUCGAAGAAAAAACGGAUCAUAUAAUGUGGUACAAAGAUUACUUUGGCGAUAAACGGGACUUGCUGGUCGAUCUUGGCGCAAUUGCGAAUGAAGAUCCAUCAAUAUUACCAAAACCAACGAACAAAAUUGAUUUGGGACCGCAUGUUUAAUUUUUUUCUUCGUUUUACACUAUUGUUUGAAAUACACGUGUUUAGUAAACAA